GCUAACUCUGUGCCUAGACUAGCGCUGCGUCUCCAGCAGUAUUAACUCCCACGAACACCAGAAGCACGGCUUCUUCGUGGCGUGCACGUGGGGUCUGUCUGUGCGGCCUCCCGUCUUCACCUUUCCGCGGCUGGAUGCACUGAGUCGACGGGAGGCCCACACGCUCACACAUGCACUAUCACUCCACAACACACACACACUCAGACACAGACACACACCUGCACAUUCAAACUCACAAGCACAAAGUCAGAUAAAGUGGCUCGAAUGGAAGACUCACUCUCUAAUGCAGAGAUCUCAUGGACCGUGUGGUUACAUUGCUGCAGAAUAUACUCACACACGUUUGACCAGUGCUAUAAACACACAAUUGUAGUCUUCCAGUAAUUUGUAUAAUCAAAACGCAAUGUGUCUCAGCAACCCUUUUUCUUUUUUAAUCAAACGCCUUCAUUAUAGGUGCAAUAUUGCAAAAACAGCGUAAAACACGAGGCAGUUGUUUUCAUGCAGAGGAAAACUGAUCUUUUUAUUAUUUGAUGGUGUUGGUCUGAGAAGAAUGUGCAGGUAGAUAUUAAAACGACUCAGAAUGCAGUGUAACAGGAGAGCUGGUCAGUAUUUAGUUUUUCAGGAGGUCAGCAUUUCUUAACCAUAGCAGUGUCCAAGGUCAAUAACACUAUGUCUUAUUUCUUUUGUUAUUUGCACAAUAAACUUUUAGUGUAGCUAAUAUCACUUAGACGUUUUCUUUGGUACAACUACAUUUUGUACAUUUUGAAGGAAAAGUAUUCUGUAAACAUUUGUAAUUUUUGUGCUGCUUCGUUCAAUAAAGAAUAUUCGAAAUACCUUUGUUGGCCUCUUGGCAUGAAAUUGUUUGGUUUUUAACAUUUUGAAGGAAUAAAUUGAAGGUUAUAGCACAAAUGCAUGUUCCAACAAAUAGUGAUUAUUUCAAGAUUGACUUUAAUCAUGCAUGAGUCAAGUAUAUACAUUAAUUUGAAGAUGACAGAUUGUGGUAUAAUGAGCCUUAAAGCCUUAGAGAAACAACUUGGUUCAAAUUAGUGAUCGGCCUCCCCGGUCAAAGGUCACAGGUCACACACCAGUUGAUAUACUGAUGAUUAAAUUAAACAUAUUUUUAAUAUCAUCUGCAUAUAAAUGAGAUGCACCUUUUAAACUGUUGAUUUGAUCUGAAGAGGAAGCUUUUACAAGGGAAAGAAAAUGGGACCCAGAACAGAAACUUGUGGCACACCGGUGGACCGAGCUUCUGUGUAAGAGGUAAGAAAAAAAACUUUUCAUCCUGCGGUUAUGAAAAAAUAAUAAUCAGCAGCGUCAAUAAUAAACUUUAUCGCAUGAGGAAGAUUUGUAUACUCCAACACAUUGUGGGUGUCCGUGGAAACUGGCUGACGAUAACCACGCUGGAACUUUCGGGGGAGGAUUCGUGCUCUGACGUCUAAAGUCUGACUCUCACUGUACCUGGAAAUUGGUAUAAUCAUAUUCGUGAGUGUUUUUUUUCGAACAAAUUCACUUAAUUAAAGAAAAAAUCGAAACGUUGCAAAAAUCCCAAACAGUGAGUUAAUCAUGUCUGAUUCAAAGAUACCAAACAGACUAGAGUGUAGCGUUGUAUUGUCUAAAAAUAUAGAUAUUUUGGGCGCGGGGGGGAAUUAUUUAUUUGUUUGAUGAUUCUGAGUCCGGGUAUCCGAGGAGCACAUGAGACGGUGAUGUCACCUCUGACAUGUAGCACGCUGUCAUAACAUGAGUGAUGCUGCAUACUUAAUGGAAACUUUUUGGAAUGGGUGGGUGUAGAUGACCGUACAGCUCAAGUAUAUAAAGUCCAGUUUACAGGUGAAGAUAUGUUGUGUGUCACUUUGCAUGCUCCAGUUGUCGCUAUGGAUUUUAAACUCUGGGAACUUCUGAGACACUGUGUUCUCGUCUACUUGAUCCUGGAGCUGCAGUGGAGGCCGGUGGUUUCUGCUCCAGCUCACAAGAGCUGCAGCGACUUACUCAGCACCAUCUCUCUCUCAAAGCUGCUGCAUCAUGAAGCCAAAGACCUACUGAAGCACUAUAUAACCUUUCAUGGACCCAGGUCUAACUCCAGCACAGAGGAUGUUCCUGACUCCACCGUGUCCGGGGUCAACGUGUCUGAGAAGCUGCAGGACGUCUACGUCAAGAACGAGCUCUUCCGUUUGCACGUUUUAAAAGUUGUGCACCAUCACUCAGAAAUAUUUCUAAACAAAGAACCUGUUUUCGGGCCCCUGUCGCGGGUCAAGGACCGACUCUUAUACCAUUCAAUUAAAGUAAAGCACCUUCUAGCGGGCUUCUUUCCUGACGUGCCUCUGCCAUCGAAGCCGGCCCUGCCGAGGUUGACCGCUGGUCACACUUAUGCUAAAAAAGAGUAUGGAUGGCUUGUCCUUGUCAGACUGAGGGACUGGGAAGAACAUGUGCUGCAGCUACUGGAGGAGAUGAAGAACAUGUGUGGCCAGCAGAGGCUAAAACGGCUACUCCACACAUUUAAUAGUUUACUCUGAAGAAACCCACUUUCUCAACACCUGCGAUAGUAAAGUUACGUCCACUGACACUGUGAAUUCACAACUGGAACAAAUAGUCCGAAGAUUUCCUCCUUCAUUUGUCACAUGUUGGUGUUAAAGCCCCGAAACCAAGUCAAAUAUUUAUUUGUUUAAAAUAUGCAUUUAUAUUUAGAUUAAAUCUUUAUAUUUAUAUCUUGAAUAUGUCAUUAUUUUCUAAAAAAGGGCUGAUGUCAUUAUUCUGAUUAUUAUUCUGAUGAUUAUUGUUAUUAUUUGAAGGCAGAUUUUUUGCCGUUUUAAUUUGACAUUUAUAUCUAUUUUUUUAAUUCAAGUGUUCAUGGAUCUCUGUUGUUUAUUUAAUAAUUUAUCAGAAAGGAAACAAAACAAAAACAUAAGUUGUAAUCGCAGUAUCUACCAAAAAAUAUAAUAUUAUGUGGUUUGACGUCUUGUUUUUGUUGAGCUCAUAUUACGUUUCACCUUUUUGAGUUUACAGAUCAAGAUGUAUAAAGCCUGAAGUCUGGAAAAAUGAAUUUGACUGUGUCAUUUAUAUUUUUUGUUAGUGAAUAAAAACCUUUGUCUGCACAAGU